AUGCCUCAAGGUCCUAGUACGCUUCAUGGCCGCGUCGCUAAGACCUUUGCAAAUCCCAAAUCAUUGAAUGUGUCCAACAUCGUCGCCCUGAAACGAGAGAUCAAUACAUGUUCCCGUGGCCAGUUGCAACAAGCGAACAACACCCUGCCUGGCUCGACUGCUUACAAUGCGCCUCGUGGUCUCCCAAAGGACGCGAUUAUCCAGUGGAUUGGAGAAGUAACAGAGCUAUGUGGUCUUCUGACGGACCGCGAGCGACCCCAAGAGGAGGACUUAGAGUCACCGCAAUUACCCAAAAAAUCGCGCCUUGAUACAUCUGAUAUCAAGACCUUGCAGCAUUGGUUCGGACUUUUAAGGGCUUUGAUGGCCGACAUCCCCCCAGCAAAGAUUUAUAGUGCUGGUGAGACCAUCUUCCAGACCGGCCGGGCGACUGAACCGCCAGUGCCUGUCACCGCAAACCCUGGCCUACCGACCUCUUCAAACACAAAUCACGUCAAUGGAUAA